AUGCCACCAGACGCAAAUGAAGUCGUCGACGGUAGCUUCUCCGAGCAAGGCAAUCUAGCCAUGGCUCACCGAGUUGGACAGGCGUGAUUCGCAUCAGAUAAAAAAUUGGUCGAGCAGCUUCAAGCAGAGCUUGUGAGAUGCCAGCAGCAGCUCAAAUCCGAGAAGGAUCAGAAUAAGCUAUUACAAGAAGAGCUUGGCCACAAAGAGCAGAGCGGACUUCCUCUCGAUCCAGAAUCCGUUAACCCAGAGGGAUUAGCAACGAUACAGACCCAGAGAAAUCAAAAUGAUGACGCAACAUACGUUAUCAAACACAUGGGCCGCUUGGUUCACGAUAAAAAUGGAGUUGGUCGAUUUGCAGGUUCGACAACUGGUGUCCAUUUUGUCCUCAGUGUUGAAAAGGAGUGUCGCAAGUCUUUAAAUCUUACAGGAGGCUUCCCAGAAAGCUGUUUCCGUCUCUUUUUAACCCAGCUGUGCUCUUCCCAGCACGAAAAGCCUUUCGCAACCACUUUGUACCAUCGCGGAGGAAUUUUCGGUUGCUUCACAGAUUCUCUACCUUAUUACCACGAACAAGCUAAUCUCUUCGUCAAGGAAUGGGAGGCAUUUUGUCCAGUUCUUGUCCCGAUGCAGUUGAUGACUGAUAUAAACUCACUAUUUGAAGUUCUGCAUGACCCACUUUGCGCCAAUGACGUGAAUUAUGCCACAGUCCUGACGCUCCUCAUGAUUCUCUGCAUCAAUGAAACGUGCAGUGAUACUCGAAAGCCGACCUCCGAACCGAAAUCCAAUUAUGAUCGUUAUUCGCCUGUCGCAAGCUCGCUGAUUGAUGAGGUGGCUACUCGAGGAGAUCUAAAGAGCUUACAAGCUAUUAUCUUGUUUGCUUUUUACAAUCAACUAAAUGGUCAUUGUCUUGCGAUGACGAGAGCUAAUGGAAUAAUUACGAGUCUGGCACAAUCACUCGGUCUCCACCGUCAUGCUCGGCGUUUCAAGAUGAAACCGGGGGAAAUUGAGCUUCGGAAGCGGCUUUGGUGGUGGGUUUACGUUUUCGACAAAAUAACAUCUUUGCACCAUGGGCUGCCAAGUCAGAUCAAUGAUCUUGAUGUCGAUAACGAUAUGCCCUUAGAUUGCAAUCUUACCGACCUGGAUGUCGUAGAACUUGCGCACCCCUUGCCCGGGGAGAAAACUCCCGUAUUUGAGUUCAUUCAAUACGUACAUCUGGGGAAAAUCCUUUCACGAAUUCGCGAGAUGCUGUAUACAACUACAAAAAGAAGAAACGGUGCCGCUAAAAUCAACGAGUUGGACCUUGACUUGCGAAUGUGGAACCAAAAUCUCAAAUCAAACGGCAUUCAUUUUGACAUUGGAAGUGUCUCAGCACGGGUUUCUUCUGAGAAUUCACCCCAGGUGAUGGAAAAAACAACGCUGUGGCUCCAACUAUUGGCUAAUGUUGCAAUAAUCCUAAUACAUCGACCGGGGUUAUCCUUCGACGACAGCACAGUUGAAUUUUCGAAAUGUCUUCAAGUCAUGGAUAUGAUUUUGAGGGGGGUUUCUAUUCUCCAAAGAGACAGCGUCGACAGACCACUUGAUCAAUUGCAGCGAGCCCAAGCUGGACAAAUCUCGGUCGGCGUGGAGCCAGAACCCGGCCAGGGAAUUUUAACCGAGACACCAGGGAUAUUUGACCAGCAUAGCACCUGUGACACAAACGCGCUCGCUGAUUUGAACUAUGUGACCGCCACCGACUGGAUGUACGGAGUUCCAGGGCCAUUUAUGGGGUUCAUGGACUUUGAUGGGUCGGAGAACCUCGGACGAUUGCCGAGAUCCCCAUAG